UUUAAAAAUAAAGAUUUUUUUUAAUUAAAUUUGAGAUGUCUUAACAAUAAGCAAAAGGUGGAAAGGGAUAAUAAGCAAAGUCAGAAGCAAAGCCAGAAGCAAAGACUUAAGCUCCAGCUAAAGUUGUCAAACCAUAAGAAACUAAAGAAAAUGUGAUGAGAAAGAUUAGAAUUGAAAAAUUGAUGGUUCAUAUUUGUGCUGGUGAGUCCGGUGAUAAAUUGACUAAAGCUGCUAAGGUUUUAGAGGAUUUAACAGGAUAAAAGCCUGUAUUCGGUAAGGCUCGAUACACAGUCAGAUCUUUCGGUAUCAGAAGAAACGAAAAGAUCUCUGUAUUUUGCACAAUUAGAGGUGACUAAGCAAAAGACAUCUUAUUUAGAGGAUUAAGAGUUAAGGAAAUGGAAUUAAAAAAGAGAAAUUUCUCUGAAUCAGGAAACUUUGGUUUCGGUAUUCAAGAACAUAUUGAUUUGGGAUUGAAAUAUGACCCAUACACAGGUAUUUUCGGUAUGGACUUCUAUGUUGUCUUGUCCAGACCAGGUUUGAGAGUUGCUCAAAGAAAGUCAAGAAAUGCCAGACUCGGAACUGCUUAAAGAGUUAGCAAAAAGGAAGCCAUGGAAUGGUUCAAAUAAACAUUUGAAGGCAAUGUCUAUUGAUACAUUAAAAUAAUACAUUAAAAAAUAAAUAAAUUCCAUAUAUAUAUUUUUAUUUUCUUAAAUCAUUGAAAUUUCAAAAUUCUUCA